AUGCCUGUCCGGAUUAUGUGCACCAUCUCCUUUUCUGCCGACGACGAGCCCGACAGAGGAUAUGGUAAAGACGGUUUUGAAGAUCACUACAAGCGGGUGAAUAAUAGUUAUGGUGGCGGGGACUCGCAGGACUACCUGGAUAGGUGUAGUCAAGUGGAUGACUGCAAUGAUGAAGAGGACAACAUCAGCGAGGUGGAUGACCUGGCCACUUUCUGCGGCGGUUGCUCGCUCCAUGGCGCCAACCACGUGUUUGUGGAGAACAAGAAGUUCGGUAUUCGCCAGGGUUUGUGGGCAUUGGUCUUCACCAUGGCCCUGUCCGCUUUCUUGUUCCAGGUAGCUGACAGGAUCAUGUACUAUCUCCAAUAUGAUCGCAUCACCCUGCUGGAUGAAAUGGUGGCCAAUAACAUGACCUUUCCGGCUGUCACCCUAUGUAACUACAAUUUUGUUCGGAAGUCUCAGAUGAGCUACAGCGACCUGAUUUUCAUGGGCCCUCUCCUGGGCUUUGAAGAAGGCAUGGCACCGGGGUUUCCGCUCGCCCCGGAGCCGGACCGCCAGCCAGGCUCUCGCUUCAGCCUGGAUGAGUUCUACAACCGCACUCGACACCGCAUGGAGGAAAUGCUGCUGGAGUGCAAUUUCAAAGGCAUAGAGUGUGGCGCUGAGAACUUCAGAGAGAUAUUCACACGCUAUGGGAAGUGCUACACCUUUAAUUCAGGGCAAGAUGGACGACCCCUCAUGGUGACGAUGAAGGGUGGGAUGGGCAAUGGCCUGGAGCUGAUGUUGGAUAUCCAGCAGGAUGAAUACUUGCCUGUAUGGGGAGAGACUGACGAGACAUCGUUUGAAGCGGGGAUCAAAGUUCAGAUCCACACCCAGGACGAGCCGCCUUUCAUAGACCAGCUGGGCUUUGGAGUGGCGCCGGGGUUCCAGACCUUUGUCUCCUGUCAGGAACAACGGCUGACGUACCUGCCUCCACCAUGGGGGGACUGCAAAGCCACGCCGAUGGACUCCGACUUCUUCAGCACUUACAGCAUCACAGCCUGCCGGAUCGACUGUGAAACACGAUACCUGGUGGAGAACUGCAACUGCAGGAUGGUCCACAUGCCUGGAGAUGCCCCAUACUGCACCCCAGAGCAGUACAAGGAGUGUGCAGAUCCCGCCUUGGACUUUCUUGUGGAGAGAGAUAAUGACUACUGUGUGUGCGAGACGCCGUGCAACAUGACACGCUAUGGUAAAGAGAUGUCCUUUGUAAAGAUACCCAGCAAAGCAUCAGCCAAGUACCUUGCCAAGAAAUUCAACAAGACAGAGCAGUACAUAGCUGAUAACAUUCUGGUUCUGGAUAUCUACUUUGAAGCGCUGAACUACGAAACCAUUGAACAAAAGAAAGCUUACGAAUUGGCAGGCCUUUUGGGUGAUAUCGGAGGUCAGAUGGGUCUUUUCAUCGGAGCCAGCAUCCUAACUAUUCUUGAGCUUUUUGACUAUCUAUAUGAGGUGCUCAAGUACAAACUGUGCCGGUGCGUAAAGAAGAAACACAAAGGCCGCAACAACAACGACCGGGGAGCUGUGCUGAGCCUGGAUGAUGUGAAACGCCAUGCUCCUUGCGAGAACCUGCGUACACCAUCAACAUAUCCUGGCAACAUGCUACCUCAUCACCCGGGACAGGCCAACUUUGAAGACUUCACUUGCUGAGCAGAGCCCGGGUGAAGCAUCAAAGUGCGCGUUAUGCAACCAAAGCCAACCAUACAACAAGAACUAUCCAACACGGGGAGUGUGAGGAACUGUUUCGAAGUCUACCAGAGGCACUUUUUACAUACAGUAGAAAAGGAGUAAAGCAGACAAAUCAAAAACGGUGAAAGAAAUUUCACCCGAGGCCAAGUGGAGAGGAUAUCCCAAAAUCUAAAAUCUGUGUUCAUUUUUUGUUUUUACGGAGAACAUGUCAUGCAGCACUCGAAACUCUUCUGUCUCUGUGUUCUCCUCUGGAAUACUGCCACAAAGGAUGGUCAUAGAGAAGGCUUGCCAACACGGACCUCUCUUUCAAAAGACAAACAAAUGUCAAAAUAAACAAGGGAAACAUGUACAGUUAUCUCACCAUAGAUCAGAGAGAGCCCCCAUGCCUUUAUAUAACACAGCAACACACGACAGUUUCAUUACUGGCCUGCUAGUGGGACAAAUAUUCAUACUGCUUACUCCACUGUACAUGUAGCAACAUCUGUAACUGUUGCAACGCUCCAUAACACAGCCAGACUCUGUGUAGUUUGUAAGAGAAUGUAUCUACGUUUGCAAUGAGUGUAGUCUGGUAUGCAGGGAA